AUGAAAGAGGAUAUACAUCUCGACGAUGAUAUACUUCUAUCCCCUAAACGAAAAUUCCCAACAUUGGUAUAUCUAGCAACAUGUGCUAUUCAAAAACAUGUCAAUAAAGUCGAAGAUAUCGGAGACACACCGUAUCAUCUAGUCCAACCAAUCCUAUCACAAAUGUCUGCUAAACAAUUAAAUCAAAUCGAAACAGUCUCACCACAAAUCGUGCCGCACUCUGAUAGAUUAUGGCUAUUGUUAAUUGAGCAUGAUUUCCCUGAUCGGAGUAGAAAAUUAAAUCCAUUGAAGGAUGGAGGGUUGGUUAAGAUGCCAUAUAAAGAAUUAUAUUAUAAAUAUUUGAAGGAUCGAGAAAUGUUUAGACAAGAUUCAACAAAUCGAUUACGAUACAUAAAUGAGAGAUUAAGAUUAAAAAAGUCAGAGAAUAAAGUCGUGGCUGUGAAUGAAGUAUUAAAAGAUCCAACUAUACGAAGAAGAUCCCAUGGGAUGGGAUUUGGUAUAAAUAGACUGCUGCUGCUGCUGAAUGGAAGUAAAGGGGGUUCUAUUUUGAAUAAAGUGAGGAAAGAUAUGCAGAAUAGGUCGAUUAUAUUCUCAAAACCAGUUAUGAAGGCAUAUGAUCCAUUUGCUGCAUUUAAGGAACAGAAACCGAAGCAGCAGCUACCAAUUCGUCAACCUGUUGCCUCUGUAAGAAGGACAACCUUCUUCGACUCUGCCCAUGAGAGGGGACCGAAUGUGUUGGCACGAAAAGAGAAGGACCCGCCUACAGUACGCAAGCCCUCGUCUCCGCCACGUAUUUCUUCUCCACCUCCAGAGGUUGACAUAAAAAAGAGAAAGAAUGUGCCAUCCAUUUUCUUGCAAAGUAAACGACCGGUGCUAAAACAGCAUAUUCCGAGGAAGAAAGCAGACAAUACUCAAAAGAAUGAAUCUCACGAAGAUCAAACCACAACGAUAAAACCUACAAAGUCAUCCAUAUUCAGUUGA